UAAUUACGAUCGAGGCCGAUCCCCAAUCCCCAAUCUCCCAUUAUCGUUUGUUCCGUUUCCUGCACGAAUGGGCCCAGGAGUCGGCGGCGGCCACACAGACGCUGCCACAGCGCGCACGGACGGACGUGGCACCUCUCCUCAGCGUCGCGGCCCUGGCCUCUCAGACACGCUGCGUGCUGGUGCUUCUACAGUACCGUUGGAAGUCGAAGAACAGCCAGAUGACUGCAGUAUGGAGCACAGCAUCCAGAGAGAUGACAGCGACACCGCCCCUCGCAGCCAGGAGGAUGAUGACGGAUGCGAAAACCCCGACAGCACUGAUGGCAUAGAGGAGGAGGAUGGAGAAGCAGGGCGCCAUUCGAUAUCAGAUGUUAGCUAUGAAGAAGAGGAGCUCAGAAACGACGUUGGUCUGGUGGCCGUGGAGCCGCUGCAGGUUUGGCACAGCAGCUGGGAGUCCUGGCAAGCAUAUUUUGCUCUAUAUUGCCAGAGGACAAUGCAGGUGUUACCGGUCAAAGAAACGAUGUCGCGAACAGAGAGGAACAAGCGUCUGAAAAGGACCAAGAAGGGCGAGGACGACUCACAAAUGGUGCCUGUCUCCAUGGACCCUUAUCAACGCACGUACACAUGUACGCACGGAUGGAAGAAGCGUAAAUCGCGUAGCGAAGGGAGCCGCCCAAGGCAGCACAUUCGCCUCACUAAUUGCCCCUUUCGGUUCAUUGUUCAGUGGAAUUUGGCUCGUGGCGAAUUACAAGUCAAGAACGGCACUUACUCACACAACCAUAGGGUAUCUGCAAGUGCGUAUGCUACGUAUCCUACGUCUAGGGGCAUUGCUGAUCCAUUGGUUGGUGCCCAUGUGGAGGGAAUGCUAGCAGUUGGUGCAAAGCGCUCGCGCAUCUACGAUUAUCUGCUGGACCACGACGAGAACGUAAUCCAGUCCGACGUGGACAACUUAGUGCGCAGCCAUUCAUCUUCCGUUUCGACAGUUGACGAUAACGACGCCACCGCUCGGGAAAUCGCGCUUUUCGCAGCGGCCGACCCAGAGAAUGUGUCGUCCGUAGCUGAGACAGAUGCUGGAGAGAGCGGAGUGAUCUCGCUUGCCACAGCCCACAUGCGGCGUGUCUUCGGGCGAUUCAGCGAGCUUCUUUUGGUAGACUGCAGCCACAAGACCAACAGAUACAACUAUCAGUUGCUGACGUUCAUGGCGAUGAACGAGUUUGGUGAAGGAGCCGUGGUGCAGCAGUCACUAAUUGAGUCUAAUGGGGAUUGGCACAUGGAGCGCGCCAUUGCUCAUUUCAAGCGCUCUCAUCCGACACGUAUACAGUCGCUACGUGUUAUCGUCGUGGACAAGGAUCUAAACGAGAUUCGGGUCCUGGAGGCCAACUUUCCUGACGCUCGUAUUUUGAUCUGCCACUUUCACGUGAUCAAGUACUUGAAAGAGAUGCGUGCUAAGCCCGAGUUUGGAAAGUUGUCAGCGGAGGAUGCGAGCCAGAUAGAUGGAGCAGUCCACAAGAUGGUGUACGCAUUAUCAGAAGACAACUACAACGAGGCUCAUGAUUCUCUCAAGGGUAUUUGCGAGCGGUGUGGAAUGGAUACAUUUUUCGCGUACUUUGAAAAGAACUGGGAUGCUAGCCGGGACCGAUGGGUGUUAUAUCUUCGAGCUACGCUUCCACACUUCAAAAACCACACGAAUAAUCGUCUGGAGAGCUUCUUCGGGAAGCUCAAGGAGAGUGUUGACGGGUCCAUGAGCAUGGCCACGUGUAUUAAGUCUCUAGUGGCGUACGAUCGACGCAAAGAGAACGAGUACAAGUAUCGCGUAUCUCGCAUCGGCCAAUUCGUGAACUGCAAUUAUGAUGAAGAGAUGAGGAACGUUCUGCGCUUCACCACUCACUACGUUGCCGGACAAAUCGAGCAUCAGAUGCUUCUAGAUGCAUGUACAAAGCUACUGCCUGUUGGCAACACUGCGCACGCUGCGAUUUCAAUUGAUGACUCCCAAACAAAUGAGAACCAAGGCGGUGUUGGUACUACGGGACAAGGUACAGUGGAGACGUUGAUCAUCAAGGACGUUGGUAACUUCUCACGCAAGCAGAUCGAGACCUUUAAGAGAGUGCAGAAUUUGAAGGCUCAGGUGCAUCUCGGUCUUGACAUGCACAAGUGGCUCGUGCAGGAUGCACUGCCCACACUACCUGCUGAGUACCACGAUUUCGCGAGCAAAGUGGCUACAGACGUGUUGGCGGCGUACCCAUACAAAUGCAUUGACACUCUACCGAACUACCCGGGCUUUCAUUACGCGAUGCUGUAUCGAGCGACGCCUCCAGUGUGGUUAAAUGACGCAACAAUUAGGGCGUUGUGCUUGCGACUAUGUGGAGAAUACCCUACAUGCAGAUUUACCGGGUUCCAGCCCGCAACGACAAGGUCUAAACGUACGAGAAAUGCGGACGAGGUGGUUGUAGACGCUGCAAUACGCGAUCUGGUUAUACAGCAAGCCAACGAGGAAGGCGUAGAGACGGUGAUGCUGCCCCUGAACUUCAUGAAUUACCAUUGGUGUUGUGUUACGGUUAUGGUGAUCCAAAAACGGAUCUUUUACUAUGACCCCCUAAAUCAAGGACCCUACAUGAAUGCUGCCAAGGCUGUGGCGACCCACCUCAAGUUAGCUGGACUGCAGGGGUAUGAUGUUAUACCGCAGAACAACCCUCUACAGUUUGACCUGUUCAGCUGCGGCGUCUAUGUGUGCUGGAUGUUCAUUCGGCAGGUAUGUCAGGGUGCGCACCCGGACAUGAGCAAGACUUCGCUUACUCGCAGACGCUUCGAAUUGUUCUACUACCUACUGACGGGCCGUUUACUCACUGUAGAAGCCUCUAAGGCCACGCCAACUGCGACAGAUGAUGGUACUGAGGAGAAAUUGCCACCUUCACGCACCGACGACGAGGCUGGUGGCGACGAGGAGCUCCCUCCGACUCAAGUGGCGCAGUAGGGCGGCGGAUGACAGUGUGCUGAUACUCGGGAAGCGCACAGAAGUUUAACAGUCACUAAUACACGUUCCUUCAUUUUCAAAAA